GCCGGCGUCGGCAUGAAGGGCGGAGUAGUGUCGUGUCGUGUGCCUCUGCCGCUACGACUGUGCAGUGAGUAGUGAGCCGCACCGGGAAACCAGCAGCCUCGCCGCUGCGGCAAGACCGCCGCCGGAUCCAGGACUGCAGUGGCGACAGGAAAAUUAUAAUAUAUAUCGUCCGGGAGAACGGAAAGGGACUCGCACACGACGGAGGGAAACAUGCAAAAGGAAAAUAACACCAACUCUGGGGAGCACCAGCAAUAUGUUGGACCCUUCAGGCUGGAGAAAACACUCGGAAAAGGCCAAACAGGUCUGGUUAAACUUGGUGUUCACUGUGUUAUGGGCAAGAAGGUAGCUAUCAAAAUCAUCAACAGAGAGAAAUUGAGUGAGUCUGUGCUUAUGAAGGUUGAGAGAGAGAUUGCCAUUAUGAAGCUGAUUGACCAUCCACAUGUUCUUGGUCUGUCUGAUGUCUAUGAAAACAAGAAAUAUCUGUAUUUGGUGCUAGAACACGUAUCCGGUGGAGAACUGUUUGAUUAUCUGGUGAAGAAAGGUCGUCUGACUCCAAAGGAAGCAAGGAGAUUUUUCCGUCAGAUAAUUUCUGCCCUUGACUUCUGCCACAGCCAUUCUAUCUGCCAUCGAGAUCUGAAACCUGAAAAUCUUCUGUUGGAUGAGAAAAACAACAUAAAAAUAGCUGACUUUGGCAUGGCAUCUCUGCAGCCAGCUGGCAGUAUGCUGGAAACUAGCUGUGGAUCACCUCACUAUGCCUGCCCUGAAGUUAUACGGGGUGAAAAGUAUGAUGGCCGCAAAGCCGAUGUGUGGUCAUGUGGUGUUAUACUUUAUGCACUUCUUGUUGGAGCACUGCCAUUUGAUGACGAUAAUCUCAGGCAACUGUUGGAGAAAGUGAAACGAGGUGUAUUUCACAUUCCACAUUUUGUUCCACCUGACUGCCAGAACUUGCUGAGAGGAAUGAUUGAGGUCAAUCCAGAAAAGCGACUUACACUGGCAGACAUAAACAGACAUCCCUGGGUGACGGCUGGUGGAAAGGGUGAAUUAGAGUUGGAACUGCCAAUGAUGGAGGUUGUCCAGACACACAUUAUACCUUCCAUUGAUGCCAUGGAUCCUGAUGUGCUUCAGGCCAUCUCUAGUCUUGGUUGUUUCAAAGAUCGAGAAAAGCUAAUUCAAGAAUUAUUGAGCCCAAACCACAAUACUGAAAAAGUUAUCUACUUUUUACUUCUGGAGAGGAAGCGCCGUCGCCCAGCAUUUGAAGAUGACACAGAAGCAAUUGUCAGAGUGCGCUCAGAAUCAAGUGAUCCUCCCAGGAAAAGAAUAGAUACUUGCAAAGUUAAUGGUACUGCUAAUUACCAGUUUGGGCAGAUAAGUGAAGGUUCACCACUUACUCCUCGUCGCCAGCAAUUUGGCUCUGGAUCUACCAGGCACCACAGCAGGCGAUCACCAGCAAGUGUUCAUUCAACUAGCAACCACCAGGUGACCUCACCAGUUGCAACACUACAUGCAGGCCUCAAUAAUGCAUCACCUGGCAACCUAUCUCCUGGUCCACAGAGGGCAGCAUCUGCACACCAUCACCAUCAUCACCAUUACCGGCCUGUUGGUUUAGCUCCACCAUCACCCCAUCAUCAGAGAGCCAAUAGCAGUGGUGGGACGCCUGAAAUCAAUACAGAUGCUUCAGCUGGUCUGAGCACAGUGAAUGUGGCACCUUGUACCCCACCUGGAUCACCACAUACAAGUACAACAGGCCAUCAUUGGAGAUCUAGGCUUACAACAAUAAAAAAUAGUUUUCUUGGGAGUCCCAGGUUCCAUCGGCGGAAAUUGCAAACAUCCUCAGAAGAAGUACACCUUACACCUGAGUCUUCACCUGAACUAACAAAGAAGUCAUGGUUUGGCAGCCUUAUGACCACUGAAAAAGAUGAAACCUUCACUAUAUUGGUCAAAGGAAAACCAUUAGCUACAGUCAAAGCUGAUCUCAUUCAUGCCUUCUUAUCAAUAGCAGAACUCAGUCACAGUGUGUCGAGUCCGAUGUCAUUCCGAGUCGAGUACAAGAGGGGUUCUACUGCUCCAGCCAUGUUCCAGAGACAAGUCAGGUUCCAGGUGGAUGUGUCCACCAUAACAAAACAGUCUGGAGACAGCCCCAAGGAGUACCUGUAUGCUAUAACCUUCACUCUCUUGUCAGGUAACAUCAGGAGGUUCAGGAGGGUCUGCGAGCACAUCCAGUCGCAGGUGUGCAGUCGCAGGCCGCCCCCUUCCCCACGAGCAGCACGCAAGUUCACCACCGAGCUGAGUGAAAGCUCCAGCUGUGGUUCCGACACGUCUGAGCGACUGUCUCCUUACCCUGGCACAAGGCAGGUGGAAUCUGACAUCGAAAGUGACACCUCAGUGUUUGAUGUCAAAUCUCCAACGCGAGACACAAGCCCAAGUGGAGGAGGCAGCAGUGGAAGUGGAAGGAGACGGAGUUGCACCAGCAGCAAUAACAACAAUAAUGGGGGUGGCAGUGGAGGCGGCUCAGGGGGAGAGAGCAGCAGUGGUGCCACAACAGUCUCCUGUCCCACGUCCACUGAGACAAUGACUCCUACCCUUAAGGCAGUGCGUUCAAGUAGUGAAAGCCCCAGUGGAGUGGUGGACGCACAAGGUUCAGCUACGUGAGGACUGAGCCAAUAAGAGUGUUCAACUCCCUGUUUGAACUGGAGAGCAACAAAGCUUUUCGCAGCAUUUUUGUGGCUUGGUCAUGAGGACUGCUCUAUUCACAAGAUGCUGGUCCUGGGAGUGUGUUUACACUCAACUUUCUCCCUCAGACUUCAAGUGAAAAAAUUGUGAUGAGUAUUAAAAAGUGCAAUAGUGGCACUAGUUAUCUGGAAUGCUUUCAUAAGAGUAAGGCAAAAAAGUCUUUUAUUUUGCAUAUGAUUACUUUCACAUCAUCAGCUGACUAUAUAUAGGAACACUGCUUCAGCAGAGCACAGAACUAAAAAGACAGCCUUAGUGAAAAUGUUGCAGCUGACAGCAAGUUUCAGUGGAGAUAGUUGAGAAAACUGUCUGUUACACUGAACUUUUACAGGCUUUACAAAACAAUGGUGUGUAAUAUGUAAAUUGCACCACUGGAUGACAUUCCACAAAUGAAGCACAUUUUAUGAUGCCUCGUCAUAAUUCUAAUUUGUGAAGAGCUUUGAUUUUAAUCUGAUAGAAUAAAUAAGCUUGUUCAGGGAACGUUUAUUCAGGCCUUGCCUCGCAGUUUUCAUUUAGAUAUGCAUGUUGUACUGUUAUAUGUGUAUGUAGUAUUUAUGAGAAAAGUUGUACAAUCAGUUGUUUUCAGAACAUUUUUGCUAUGCUGGCCAGUGAUAACUUGUGCAAUAAAUUUAAUUCUUGUGAUUACUGUUAUUAAAUUAGUUACUGUUAUCCAGUUUUCAAAAAAAAUUGCAACAUUGUAUUAAAUACUGAGUUGAAAAGUUGUUGACGCAUCCUCCUCCUCCUCAGUUUUUUAAUCUGUAGGGUUUAUGAAUGCCUAGCAGAGAGAGAAUUAUGUAAUUAUCUGCUUUCUUCCUAAUAAGGCAUUAAUUCCCUAAAAUGUGAGGAGUGACUGGCAAAUGCAUCAUCUUAAGUAAAAUUGUGAAAUGUCCCUCCAGGGAAAUUAUGCCGUCAUUUUAAGUGAAUAUUACUGUUAAUUUAGCACCAGUGUUGUGACUCUAUUUGAGAACUGAGGAAAGACUGUGUUUAAAUUGCUAAGUAAUGCUGAAACUGUUAAAACUACUCUCUAAGUUUGUUUCAUCUUUUACACUGAUGCUAUUUAUAUGUUAGAUUUCUGUGUUAUAACUAAUUAUGAGCACUUCACAAACAGUGAAAUAUUCUGGUAUACCAGAGUUAUUCCAGGUAGAAAAACGAUUUACUGGGAUAAUUUUUAUCAUAUCUUUUAUAUGUACUGAUGCAUAUUAGCAGUCAUAUGCAGCAAUGCUGUGAUAUUACUUUUAGAUUGAUACAACUGAUACAUUACUACGUUUUACACAUUUGAACAUUCCUAGUAGAUAAGUCCUUUCAAUUAAUUUAAUUGUAUUUGGGGAAACUCUACCAUUUCUGUCUCUGUAAACAAAUUUGCUCUGCAAGGCUUCUGUAUAUGAUAAAAGAAUUCCUUUUGCUGUGGUGUUGCACUGCCUUGCCAGAAUAUGUUGUACAUAAUACUAGCAAUCAUUCGCCCUCAGACCUAUUUGUCAUUUACUUUUUAAUGAUAUUCAUAAUUGGCUGGCUUGACUAUUCCCUCACAUAUUGCUGAUAAGACUGUUUUGCAUUAUUUUUCAAUAUCCUAAAUGGUAAGCUGAUUUCCACUUUCAAAACUACUGUAAUGUGUAACUGAAGUAACAACUGCAAAUUGUAAUAGCAGGACAGAAAGGAAAGGCAAAAAUAUGAAUCACUGAGGGUUGUACUUUUGCAAGUAAUAAAUGCAAGAGAUGUUUGUUUCUCAAAUUUAUAUGCAUAACAAGAAUAAGACUAACUUCUUAGGGUGAGCUAAUUUAUUUACAAAUGAAGGACAGCAGUUAGAAAAUGCCAGAUCCAUGUUUUCAUUACUCUUGUGUGAAUCUGCAUAGAUGUUAUACAAGCUGAUUAUGUUACAAAGUCAAAUACAAAUAUUUGUUCCUGUAGCAAGAGUAAAAACAUAUUUUUAAUUCAGUUGUGACAUUCACAUUUACGUUUAUUUUUUCACAGUGCUUUAAUGAUGACUUGUAUAUGUUAUUCCCAUUCUUUCUCUUUGAGGUACAUGCAGUUUCUAUCAUUCCAGUUCUGUAGCCAUUUUUCAUCUUUAACUUCCACAUAAUCUAAUUUAAUGAAUCAAGAAAUGCACAGAAAAACCAUGCCAUUCCUCAUAUUAGACGUCAAGGUGUUUCACAAUAUAAUUAUUUGAUAAUAACAUAAAUUGUUUUAAUCUUCUCCAUUCAUUCUCAUCUUCUCAUAUCUAAGUGAAAAAAUUCAACCAUAGAGAUUCAAAUUUUCCAAAGGAAUUAAUUAUUCAAAAGCUGCCAGUAAAAGAUUGGUAAAAAGCAAACAUCUGCAAAUGGAAAAAAAGAUGAAGAAAAUUGAAGGUGGAAAAUGAGGCAUCUAACAUGUUUCACAACUUUUAUUUGUAAUGUUGUUCUUCCCACUUCAAGGGUUAACAGCUCUACAUUGGCAACUUAUCUCUUUUGUACAUCAUGUUGUCAAUUGACACCAUAAUCAACUACAGUGGGGAAACACAAAGUGUCUUUGUUCCAAAACAGUGAUGGCAGAUGACACAAUUUAGCUCUGCUGUCUGCCAUGUGCAGUGCUUUUGUCUGCUUCAAUUUGGAAUUACAGUUGAAGCUUUAUCAUUUUGUGGGGUAUAUGCUAAAUACUCUGUAUGAUGCUUCAUAUAUUUUCUUGCAAUUUUGAGUCAGCUUAAGAUUUAUUGAAGGUCAAGGUUAUAAAUAUUGCUUACAUGUGAUAGAGUGAACAUAUUUUCAGUUACAUUGUGAGCUAUAUUUCUUUUCUCAAAUUUGUGUCGAGGUGAUUUCAAGUGACACCAUUUUCUUUUUUUUUUUUUUUUCAAAAAUUGUUAAUGAAAUAUCAGUUGUUUGCAGUAAGGGUGUUAAGAUAAAUGAUUUUACCAAGGGAAAUGCAAAUACUUGGCAGAAGAAAUAUAGUUACACACUACUGGAUCCUCACUUGAUAACUCCAUUUUUUAACACAACUCUUCAUCUGAUUCUUGGCACUUUCAAGUGCCAUCUACCCAUUUCUGUGUAGCUCAUACUUUUGAUAUCUUCAUGACCCAAAGACAGAUCUUCAAUAAUUUUCCUGCAUUUUAUUUACAUGUGGUAUUAGUUUCAUGGCUUAGUAUUUUUCUACACAUUGGAAAUAUUUUCAUAUUUUUGAGCAAUCCAAUUACUCCUUUUGUACAUCUUUCGUGUGUGUAAGUAUACCUUACAAAUUAUCUUUACACACUAUGUUUUGUCUGUUAAAGAUAUGAAAACUGCAGACAGUUAGUGCUAUGGGCUUCAUGUAAGAUAUUUUGUACCAUGUCAUCUAAAAUUAUUGCAAAGAGAAAAUGACAAACACUGAAUCCUGGUGCAGAGAACAUUUAAUGGCAAAUCUUUAUUUUAAUUACACAUGUGAGUUUCUUGCAAGUAGAAGCAACAAUUUUCAGUGGUAGUGUCAAGUAAAGAUACUUAAGAGGAGCAGGAUAACAUACCCAUACUUCUACUGAGAAGUGAAAAGAGAAAGAUCAGAGCAAAGGUCAAGAAACCAAUGGUGAGAGAACAGGAGCAAAAGGCCUAACAUGUGAAGAUGUCUAUUGUGACAAUAAGAAGAGAUGAUAAGCAACUGCAUGCCACUCUCACCUGAAAAAUGAUAUCAGUCUUACAGCUAUCCACUGUUCAUUGUAUACUUAUCUUAAUAUUUCAUAAUCACAGCUACAAGCCUUUCACAGAGGAAUAGAGAUCACUGUCAUAUGCUUCUAUUGGAAAAUUUUUCAUUUAGGUUGCUCCCACACCUUCCAACCCCCUUUCCUCCUUCCUCCCCUUCUCACUCCCCAUUUGCACAGAAUGCAUCUUGUGCUUUGUCACCACUAAAUAUAGGCCUGAAAAAUAUAAUUCCCACAUUACUUAAGAUAUUUGGCAUUGUUUUUAGCCACAAAAAAAGCAAAUAAGUAUCCUAGUAUGUUGUGAAUUGUAUCAGUAUAAUCUGUGGAUUGCAGGGAAGACAUUUCAGCAAUUUCAUCUGCCUUUUCAUGUAACACAUGUUCAGCAUUCAACAUGGUCUUGAAUCUCCUUCCAAAUCUGUACUAUUUAUUAUGUUUUUUAUUUCAUUAUUGUAUUCUCAGUGAUCAGCAGUGAUUAUCUAAUUACUUUUCUUGCCCAUUGACAUUUUAUAUUUGUAUUAAAAUGCCCCACUUAACUGACAAUUCUUUUACAGAGAAUUGACAAAAAUCCAAACCUAAUAAAAAUUAAACUGAGAUGCCAAGUAUUUCGCUACACUUUCAGUGACAAAAACCUAUGAGGAAUUACUUGACUGCAGAAGAUUAGUUAUGUAGUUAGACAGAGGAUAAAUAUGGUUUCAGACUAUUUCGAUACAGCACAGUCCUUCACUGUUUUGCUCUGGGAUAUUACAAAAAUACAUUAUUUGAAAUGCUUUCAAUUUCCAGCUACUUCAUUAAUGCUGCUUCAAAAUGCCUUGACUCAUACAAGAAAAAUGCUAAUAAACAAUAACCAUGAAACUGUCUGACACAUCAAAAUGGUGUGUCAGAAGAAAGCUUAGGAUCACCAUUCAGAAAAUGCAGGCCUCUAAUUUGAUUCCACAGUUAAGCAAACAUUUACCAUCUGUUAUAAAAUAGACAGUUUAGCAUAUACUCUAAUGUCAUUUAGACUGUUCUAAUUCAGGGCUGAAGACUUUCACACACAACUGGAAGCAAAACAUUUUUGCAUCAACUUUUUCACUGCCCUCAUAAUUCACAUCCAAAAAUCUCCAUAUCUUUUAAAUAUUAUUUUGAAAAUCAGGCUUACAGGUCCACAGUGGCAAAUUUGGUAAAACUGUCAUAUUAUUAGACUAGUAUUAUGUGAUAUUAACUUAUUAAGCCAUUUAUUUUUAUUUAAGAUCAAAAAUACUAUCAAAGUAACAGUAAAGAGACAUAAAAGGAAAAGUGACUGUUAUUUUGCAUGCUUAAAAUACACCUUCCUUUUGAAGCACACACACUUCAUUGUAUAAAAGAAAAAAAAUGUAUCAUGUUUUUGCAGCACAGCAAACACAUUUCUGAGACAAAAAAGCCAUUACUUUUGCCUGGUAAUAAAGCAAACAUCCAUGUUUAAAUUUCUGCUAAUGUACAAUUUUUAUACUGUCUAGUAUUAAAGUCAUUCCUUCAAUACAAAGAUCCUCCAUGUGUUUGGGUAAAUUUAUUUCCCUUUGUUUCCUGAUGUCUGAGCUGCAAAAGCUGUUACAUUAUAGAAAUGUUUCUAUGCAGUUUUUAUGCAUCUCUGUUCAUAUAUUUAUGUAUGUUUACCGCAUAGGUUACCUAUGUAUUUUCCUCAGUUGCCUGCAAUAAUUCUUCUACUUGAGAUUAUGUCCAACCACAGCACAACAUAAAAAAUACAUAUCUUUCUUUAACUGCUCAUACACUUCACUCCUGUUGUCCUCAUGUAAGUACUAUCAUUGAAGUUAUGAAACUGCUUUACCACCUCACUAUAGUAAAUGACCAAUGUCACUAAUACGGAAUGUUAGGGUGGUAACAAAGGAAAGUCUAAAAUGACAGCAUUAAGCAACCUGGAAUCAUAUGGGUCUGUAUAAAGCAGCUGAAAAAAAUUAAUCUGACAAUAUAGUAAUACAUAGUUAGAAACAAUGAAAGAGAAAUACAGUAUCAAUUAUAUGAUGCAGAAUUUUCAUUUGGGCCAAUGUCUCUGUUGGAAUGUUCUUUUUGAUUACUUAUUCUGACCUCAUUGUAUGAUUUCCUAGAUCUUUAGUCCUCACAAGUAUCUUUUACUUAUGAAGAUUAUAAUAUUUGUGUUAGGCAGUGCAACAAGCAUCAGUGCCAUUUAAAUGAAAGAUAUUUAAUAAAAGUAAAUACACUAUAUCUCUAAUUUUAAAUUCACUUUUUUACGCACUACACUGUAAGCAGUCACAGAUGUUAAAUUAUUUUAAUUUUCAAAAUGCUUGAGAGCUUUCUGUUGUAGCUUCUCAUGAAAGGAAAGAAAGUCAUUUUAAUUGCAAGAAUUCAGCAGUACAAUUAGUAUUUCACAGUUACACCAACUGACACUGAAGUUUUAACAAAACAGUUUAGGAUGUUUCUAUAAUUUCAGUGCUAACUUGACCAUUCAUUUAAGUCUUAUGUGAAUGCAUAUUAAUCUUAAAAUUAUGCUGGCAUUGCAGCAAAUUUUUUAAAGCAAAUUAUUCAUAGGUUUUUCUCUAUGCUCCCAUGUAAUAGCUGCUACUUUCUGUUCUCUUUUAAUACAAUAAUGCACACUUUUGUUCUUAAAUGCGUACACUACAUUUCUAGUGAAUAUAUUAAAAUGUUUCUUGCAAAACAAAUAAAAAAGUAUUGACUAAAGCUGCUAAUCUAUGAAUCCCUUCACAUGACCUUGAAUGUCUACAGUACAUGACAAUGUGCUACAUUGUGCAAACAAUGAAGUGUCAACUGUUACAAAAAAUAUAUUGAACAGUGCAGACAAGAAUUAUAACUUCUUUUGACAAAUGUACAUGUAUACUUUUCCUACAUUUAGUACAUAGACAGGUUUUGAUAUAUCAAGGGGUGCAAUUCAUUGAAAAGUUGUGCAGAAUUAGUAUAUUAAAGCAUAUUUUAAGAACUGAAACAUUAUUUUUUAAAAUUAUCAUAUUAUAAAGCUGGAUUGAGACACAAGCCCGUCAUGCUCAAUAAAUGGCUAUAAUAAUUAAAGCAUGCAGCAAAACUGUUAAAGAUGCCUGUGUAAAAAUGAAAUACAUAACAGUCCAACUUUUAUUUCAAGCUCGAUUAAAUUUCAUAGAGCUUGCUGCCUUUCUAGUCAUUAGUCUAUAGUAGUGAAUACUGACUGUAUUUAUACAUAUUAUAGACAGCAUAGAACUUGUCCAUUGUAAACUUAGAUAUGAAGUUCACACGUUGCAUAAACCAAACUAAACAGACUGUUUUGUUAAUGUAAUAUACAAGCUGUAAACAUAGUGCAAUUUUUUGUACUAGUAUUUCUGAAAAAAGCCAUCAUGAAAUAAACAUUAAUUCAUCAGUUUUUGGUCUUGUACCUCUGUUGACAGAAAAUAAAAUUACAAAACUCUGAAGUACUGUUAAACGUAAUCAUACCUUUUACUGUGCAACUAUUUUAAAGAGAA